UUAAAUCCAAACUCGUGAGAGUCUGCAUUAUCCUUAAUUACUUACAAGAAACCGGAUUUCGAUACUUGAUAUGCUGUGGUUCAUAGAAAAAUAAGAAGAAAACCGGAUGUAGAUUUAAAUACUUUCUCAAGCAGGAUCUUACAUUCAGACUAAAACCGGUGCUGUAAGUGGUCAGAGGGGAUACAUUUUGAGGUUUAAAAGUUAUUGGAAUAUAUCUAGAAGCAACAGAAAUAACAAUAAAAAAUAACGAACUGUUAGUUUAUUGGUCAUGGAACCAAUAAAGGGCAGUGCUUUAACCUGUUUUGUUUUCGGGAUAACAUUUCUGGGUUUGUGUACUAUUGAAACAACGAAGGCUGAAGUUCGGAAGAAAUACGGCUGUGUUCUACCAGAUGAGCCUUGGUAUGGGUCUUUUAUCUUCAACGACCGGAAGAAGUCGCUAAAAUAUAAAUGUGAUGAGGGUUACUUGUUGACUGGGGGUUAUCGUCAAAAGGAACGAAAGUGCCGCCGCGGUAAAUGGUCGGGCAAAGAUAGAGAUUGUUUAAACUUAGACUUUAGUCGAUCAAAAUGCCCCGUGCUGAGGAGUCCAAACAACGGUGAAGUUAUAGUUGAAGGAAGGAAAGUCGGAGACAAGGCACACUUUAGAUGUGACGAAGGGUUUGUUUUAGAAGGUUCGGACACAGUGACAUGUCAGCGGGGUCGUAGAUGGGACGGUACAAUGCCUGUUUGUAGCAGUCGACGUACAGUGGAGGACUUUGCUAACCAUUUGAAAGACAAGAUGAUCGACAGUCUAGCAGGGGCGACAACUGGUUCAGAGACAGGGGCACAAUCCCGUUUAAGCCCUGGUAAAAGCGGCCUUGACAUCGUGUUAGUGGUUGACACGUCUUCCAGUAUAGGUGACAAGUCCUUGUCGUCUGCGAAGAAGUUCAUGAAACUCCUUGUUGAUAUAUUUGGUGUCUCAGACCAACCGACAGGAGGUAAGAACGGCACACGGUUUGCCCUGGUGUCGUUCAGUGGUGAAGCGAAUAUUGUAUUUAACUUGGAUGAUCGAAGUGCAAGAUCGAAGGAAGCGGUCAAGGAAUCAAUUGACGCUAUACAGAAUACGGGAGGUGGAACAGAUUUCAGGAAGGCAUUGCUUAAAGUUUCUUCUGAAAUCUUCAUGACAAAAAUCAGGUUCGCUGCAGACGAAUCGCGUCUGAAGCACGCGACACGUGCUGUGUUUCUAAUAACAGACGCUGAGGUUACAAGCGAUUUGGCAUCUAACAGGGUUGAGAGAAUAAAGUCAGCAGCGGACAACCUGAAGAUUGCCGCUGGUUUUGAGGUAUUUGCAAUCGGCGUUGGACAAAAAAUUGACAAAUUUGUUUUGUCGGAAAUAGCCUCAACACCGCACAUUGAACACGUGUUUCUUUUGGCGCAGUUUAAGGACCUUGAGAAAGUCGGAGAUAUCAUCGCAGAAAGAAAUAUUGACUAUGGGCAGUGUGGCAUCUCCGGCAAAACUGAGAUAGCCCAGGGAUCGCAAAAAGCGGCAAAGGGAGCCUGGCCUUGGCUGGGAUGGCUGAGCGUUGUAAGUGAGGGCAUGUUGCCAAGAACGUGUGGUGGUGCCAUAGUUUGCGAUCGAUGGUUCCUUACAGCGGCAAGCUGUGUUUCUAAGGUGGAAGACAACGUAGUCAUACCGUUUAAUGCGUCACAGAUUAAUGUCUUUUUAAGUGACUUUGACAUAUACAAGAAGGACAAGGAGGAGAUAUGGCCUGUGGUAAAAAGUGUCUCAAUCCAUGAUAAUUAUACCGGGGAAGAAAUCAAACCAUUUGGUAUUCGGGAAAACGACAUAGCUUUGCUUGAUCUCGGCGAAAAUGCGACAGAAAGACCGGUAUUCAACAAAUUCCUUCGCCCAAUUUGUUUUCCGACGGAUAAUGUAACUCUCGGAACAGCCGACGCACAAUUUGAGGCCAUGUUGGCGUUCCCACACUCGUAUGAUGCCUAUACUGCUGGGUGGGGUAACGCUCCAGAUAAUGCUAAAUACAUGGAUAUACAGUCUUCCGAAAUGAGACAAAACCGAAGGCCUGUUCAGAAACGAAAAGUAUGUCGAGGGCGCUACGAUGGCCUUGACCUUGAUAGAUUCUUUUGUGUUGGCGACGAAUUUCAAGAGAGUUCCUCCUGCAUGGGUGACGUCGGUGGACCUUACAUGGUACAGUUGCCAAAUAAGAGAUACUACAGCCUAGGGCUCGCACUAAACACCAGGAAUUGCGACACGAGAUACCAAUUUAGUAUCUUCUUAAAUCUCUUGCACCCGACAGUCAGCGAAUGGGUGGCGUCCAUCUUGGACGGGUGUAAUCGGGUUGAAGAAUUAGAUAAAUAAAUUGGACAUGUACGUGACAGGGCGUAUAUAUUGAAAAAAAAAAGAAUAUUCAGUGUGUACAUAGCGUUUGCAACACUCUAUAUUUCUACCUGAUAUAGUACACAACAAUUUCGUUGUCACAUCUGUAAAUAAUUUGUUUCGUCAUUCUGACUGGUAGCCAGUAUGAUUUGCAAUUUCAGAAAAAAAGAACAACAAAAUAACUUUAUUCCAUGUGCCAAGGAAAAUAUUUGCGGUCAGUAAAAUUAAAUGUUAAGAGCAUUACCAUCCGACAGCUUUUCCGUUAAUUAGAAUUUCAGGCAAGCUCAAAAUAACCUUUCGUUAACCGAUUGUUUUAAAGGCGCUCGCGAUAGUUUUUUCGGACGGGUCAAUAUUUACCCCAACACCGUGCAAAUUUGGUUUUGUUUCUAAUCGAUGUAGCUCACUGCAGAGUUGGAGCGGUCUUCUAGCUGCGCAUGCCCGGAAGUGAUUAUCUAAUAUCGCGUACGAGACAAAUGCGCAAAUUAUUGCAUGUUCGCACGCAUUUAGUGUAUAAUAUGUAUGAUAAACUGACUAGAGGUUAGGGUUAGUAUCACCAUGGUUACAAGUACUUUUAGUUCAAACUGCUUCAAUCCGGCAUAUACUGGAGUCUGUAAUUUAUACCGGCGCUCCAACUCUGCAUUGAGUCACAACUGUUUCUAAUCCCGUACCGUACCCAUACCAUACAUCCGUAUUCGUAAACUAUAAGUCUUUUUUCGGAGAAAGGCGGAAACUUACAUCGUUCUAUGAAAUCAAAAUACUUCAGAAACACGUUAAAAUCCGCUUAUUAAGAAAUCUGCCGUUUGAUAACUUGAUAUAUAUCUCUAAGUCAUUUGCUCAAACACUGAAAGAGUUUCCGUGGCAUUUGUCGAGAAGCCUUUAACCUGUACUCUUCAAACUUAGUGGGAUGAUAUGCUAAAUGGAGUGGAUAACACCUAUUGCUUUUAAGAUCAAUAUGUUAAAGGUAAAGGAUGUCCUAUAGAAAUCCAGAAAAAAAAAGUUUCUACAAUCACACUUUCAGCGAGUUUAUUUCAAAUGUUCCUAAGGUGAGCGACCUUGGGCCAUUUGAUCUGCUUUAAGCUGUGGACAAAUACAGAAUACUGUCAAGAGUUUGACUGAAUAUAUGCCCUAGUUUGAAAUAAAAAUUGAUUACGUAUUUCGUACCAACCUGCAUUGUAUAAAUGCCCGCCACAACCCACCUCGUUGUAAUUUGAUUUAAGCGAAAUCUAAUAUGGUGACCUAUCAAUUUUCUUUUUGUUUUAGAUAAGGUAGACAUAACCAAAGGUAUGUGCAGAGUUUGAUUAAAUUCUUUUAUGUGAAACUCGAUAAAAUAGCAGAAGUACCAACUUAAAAUUGACAAAAAUAUGCAAAAAUAGCCCCUGGGUCUGCUGAACAAGUACUCCUUUCUUUACAAAAUCAUGUUCUUUUGAUUUCUCUGAGCAUGUUUCAAAUAGAUAUAUUGUUUUCCGUUAUAAAAAUGCUUAGAUAUCAAAUGUAUGCAGGUUAUUGUACUUUACUGAAAUAUAUUUAAGGAGUAUAAAAUUCUUGAAAAAUGUUAAAAAUAGCACCAUAUCUAGGGGCAAAUUAAAUUGAAACAAAGUUGGUGACUAAGUAUUUUAUUUCAUUUUUCAAUACAUUAUAACAUGAUCUUUUAAUACAGAACAUUUCAUCAAAAUCUAUUAUUGAGACAAAAAUUACGAAACUCUAGCGAGCGUCUUUAAGUAUUUCUUUUUUUCAAAACAUGAAUCUAAGCAAAGCAUCUCUUAAAUUGAUAAGCCGUCUCAGUAAAAUUUGCAAUACUAUACAAAUAAUUGUUGAAACAGACGUCGGAUGGAGUUGACUAAAGAAAUGUAAAAAAUGUGAAGCUAGAUUUCAAUUAAAACCUAGGAAAUCGGCAAACCUGUCCUCGGAAAAAAUACAUUGAAAUCUCAAGAUGUCACGUGACCUUCUUUCGACAAUUCAUUGUACAACAACACACAGGGAGUCAAGAAAUAUCCGUUUGACAAUCUGUAAUUGACAUUGAAAAAUAAAAGGUGAUUGCUAUUAAUAAGAAGGCCAUAAAACGGCCUAUGUAUAUAAAAUAAAACUUAUAAAAUA